AUGGACACCAAGGAUAAUUUAUUCUACCAGAACAUUAUGAAUAAACCGGUGGAUAAACAUUCGUUUACGGACAACUCGAGUUAUUAUGCAAAGAGUAAGGAAAGCUCCGGGAUACCAAUUAUGUCCAAAACAGAGAGUGAUCUCAAGCCUGUGAGUGUACAUUAUAUUCCUCCCCUGAGACAAUUCAAGACAUAUUACGAGGGUAUGUUGGCCGAAGAAACAUAUAAAGGUUUUUCGCCUGAAGAAACUAUAUGCAGUUUGAAAGCAAGGUAUACUCCCAGCGAGACCGACUCGGACUUGGGGUCGAUUUACCCACGUACGCCUCGUGAAGACGAUUUCUCAAAAUUCAACGUUCGCUCACAGAGUGAGCUAACUGUGAGAAGUUGUUAUGACGAUGAUCUAAAGACUUUUUUAAAUGGCAACGAGAAAACCAAUCGUCCGACUGAUCCUGUGGAAAAUACGAUCAAAGAUUUGUCUGAUGAUAAACCAAUAGGAGACGAACAAGUCAAGUCGAUAAGCAGUUCACCCAGGCUGCUGAACGUACUGUGUAUUUGGCGAGAUAAAGUGCAAACUAUAAUAAUUUGUUUAAGACACCGAUCGCAUACACCUUAUUUGCAACGUUAUGAGCGAUCUCGCCUACGUCGCAUACUCGUUACUAUUAUUUCAAUUGCAUCUAUUGUUUGGUUACUUUGGACUGCCAAUUCCAAUGCUCCAAUUGAAUUGCUUAGUAGACAUUCUCCAGGUUAUGAUGAUGAAAUUUUUUCGCGGGCUGUAGUUGCUGCAGUGACGCGUCAGGUCGUCAUCAAGGAUGAUGCCGACAUGAAGGGUCCUCAUUUAAGAACAAUCAUUAGAGCUCUCGUUGCUGCUGAGAUUAAGAGUAGAUUCACAGAUGAAGCAGCACAAGAGUUUUCGGAAGCCUACGAUUCUGCUAGAACGAUCGAUAUCAAAGAUGAUAACGUGAUAGGUAUGAUAAGAAGCGAAACGAGCGAUAUAAUGAAAAAAAAAUUGGCUGCUUUUGAGGAUGAUUUAGUCGGCAAGACUGAUUAUGCUCUGCGUCCAGCUGGAGCCAAAAUCAUUGGGCCGAUUACAUCGAGGACAUUCGUUUUAUACCCAGAAUCAACAUUUCAGAGAUUGAUUGCCCAAACUGUCAAUUUCGGGACAGUGAGAGGGAAACCUCCAGUUACUGCCAUCCUGCCUGAUACCCAUGUUGGUCAAUGCUGGCCAUUCUCCGGCAAUCAAGGUCAACUCGGGAUUUUACUUAGUCGACGAAUAUACCCAACAGCCGUCACAUAUGAUCAUAUCAGUAAACAUGCAACAACGGAUGCGAGCAGCGCCCCUAAAGAUUUUGAAGUUUGGGGAUUCAUAGAUGACGAUGGAGGUAACAUACAGCGUGAUGACCAACCUGGACCGUCAGAAUUAGUUACCGAUGCCGACGCUGCCACCAUAGAAGAUCUAAAAGAUCCUAGUAUUGCAAGUAUCACGGGAGGAGGUAAAUUUGAACUCGGAUCCCUUCCAAGCCACGUACCUCUUGGUCAAUUUAGGUAUGACAUAAAUGGUCGUCCUGUGCAGACGUUCGAGUUGUCAGAGAGUGCGCGGCGAUUGAAAAAGCCUAUCAAAGGAAUUCUCUUGAAAAUCAAUAGUAAUUGGGAUAAUCCAAUGUAUACAUGUUUAUACCGCUUCCGUGUUCAUGGCGUGAAUGCAGAGGAUGAACAAGAAAAGAAUAUUUGA